UAGCCUUAGGGACCCUGCUGGCGAUCACCCGAAGGUUCCAUCUUUCCAAACAGCUCAAUGCCAUGUUGUAUGGUAAAACCAACAUAACUGCUUAAUCAUCCAUCAUGAUGGCUUGGCACUGGUAAUAAGCCACUUUUGCCAUAAAACACAUUUUUUUUUAAUAAUAUGAUGCAGUGAGUAAUGUUUAAUUAUAACUACUUAAGGUUCCUGUCAAAUAUAAAAGGAAGUUUCCUUUCCUUCCUUUAUAUUCUUAAUUGAUAGUUAUCAACUAUAUGUGGGGGCGCACUGUGCAUCCCCGUAGUAUUGUGUGUGUAUUUAAUACAACACUGCUGCUGAUUGAUUAGUUACUAACUCAUGCAAUCGGUGACCAUCAGCCUUUAGUCUGAGAGGAAGUAAGAUUACAAUAGCUGACUUCUUCUAUAGAAACACCUAAUGACUGUUCCUCUGGAGCUGGUGACAUGUUUGUUGUACGUUAAGCAACUGCCUUGGCGUAGUAAUACGAGAUACAAAUAUGACUACCAUUUUUGCAGUCCUGGGUUAGAAUCCUGUGUUGGACCAGAGUAAUUGUAACUGGGUUUUUCAAUUUGAAAAAUUACUCAUUCGCACCUCAGAGUUGAGAGGAUGGCGGUAUGUUACUCCCAUGCCCCAGAAAGCAUGUAAAGCCGCUGGUCCUGCGCCUUAUCCUUCUCCAGUCAUAUUGGAUUACAUUACUGGACCAUAAGAGUUAAGGAACAAAAGUGCACCUGUCUAUUGGGCAUGCACUUGUGCACAAUAAUAUCUACUGCGUUUUUGGCUUAUCUCGGUUGAGAUUGACCAUCUGGGUCGAAAUUUCGCUAGGAAGAAUUUAUUCAUUAGGUCAUGAGUGUACAGCAAUAAUUUUUUUUUUGUUUAUUUGUUGAGGAUCAUUUUUAUUUUAGGUAUAGCACAAUGAGUAACUAUCUCUUCGUAAUGACCUCAUGAACAAUAUCGUAAAAUUCACACCUAGAUUAGUUUACAAAACUCUUGCUAGCAAUACAUAUAAGAUACAUAUAUUCAAAAACAUAUACACAGUGAAUCCAUGUGCUGUACUUGAAAGAACUAUGGCACAAAAGACUAUAAGAUCAUUUUUCAAAUUGACUCCACCUAAACCAGCGAGGGGAUCACCUGCAACUGAUGGACUCACCUCACCAAAACCAGAAGUAGAAAAGGAAGAGAAGCCAUCAUCAAAAAGGCAGCGUUUAGACAGCAGUGACAGUGACUCUGUGUCACCAAAGACACCAACACAAAAGAAAAAACGACAGCGCAUUUACAGUUCCAGCAGUGAAUCUCAAUCUCCUAAGAAAGUAGCAGAAAGUCCAGUUAAAAAUGAAUCGCCAAACAAAACAAAUGUUGAAGUUAUAAAAUCAGAACUCAACGCAUCUUAUGUGGAAAGUACAGUUAAAAAGGAAAACAAUGUUAAAAAGUAUGAAUCGCCAAAAGCAAAAAAACAAACUGCUGAAAAAGUUUUAAAAGAAAGCAAUAGGACAUCUCCAAAAGAGAAAAACUCUAUGAAGUCAUUUUUGACUCAAGUAAAGAAGGAACCAUCAGAAGAGGAAGUAGAACCUAAAGUUGAAAAAAAGAAUGAGAAACCCAAGGAAUUCUUCAAACUUAUUAAGAAAGAGAACAAAGAAGAGAAAGAAGGUGCUGAAGAAUCUAAACUAGUUCCAGAGGCAGAAUACAACCCUGGCAAAGCCAAGUACCACCCCAUAAAGGAUGCAUGCUGGUCCAAAGGCCAGGAGGUGCCGUACAUCGCGCUGGCGCGGACCCUGGAGGUCAUCGAGGGUACCUCGGCGAGGCUGAAGAUGAUCGAAAUCCUGAGCAAUUACUUCAGAUCGGUGAUAGUUCUCACGCCCGAAGAUCUGUUGCCGAGUGUGUACAUGUGUCUCAACCAGCUGGCGCCCGCGUAUCACAGCUUGGAGUUGGGCAUAGCGGAGACGUACCUAAUGAAAGCGGUGGGCCAGUGCACGGGGCGCUCGCUGGCGCACGUGCGCGCGGCGGCGCGGCGCGCGGGCGACCUCGGCGCGGCGGCGCAGGCGGCGCGCGACGCGCAGCGCACCAUGUUCGCCGCGCCGCAUCUGCGCCUGCGCCGCGUCUUCCAGGCCUUACAGGACAUCGCGCGUAUGACCGGUCAGGCAUCGGUAAACAAGAAAAUCAAUAAAAUACAAUCUUUAUUUGUUGCGUGCAGACAUUCAGAAGCGAAAUAUUUGAUAAGGUCGUUGGAGGGCAAGUUGCGCGUGGGCCUGGCGGAGCAGUCUGCACUGCACGCGCUGGGGCUCGCGGCGGCCACCACCCCACCACAUAAAGGGGGCGAAAUACUCGACGCCUCCAAGGACAUGACACCGGAACAGUUCAAGUCGCACGUGGAGGCGCACGUGCUGGCGGUGAAGACGGCGUACUGCGAGUGCCCGGACUACGGGCGCGUGGUGGCGGCGCUGCUGGCGGGCGGGCCGGCGGCGCUGGCGGCGCGCUGCGUGCUGACGCCGGGCGUGCCGCUCAAGCCCAUGCUGGCGCACCCCACGCGCGGCGUGCACGAGAUAUUCAACAGGUUCGAAGGUUGUGAGUUCACGUGUGAGUGGAAGUAUGACGGCGAGCGCGCGCAGAUCCACGUGCCGAGCAUAGCUAGGCACACUACCGCGCCAGACACCACACCAGAAACUAAGUCUGACACUGCAAAGGACACCACGUCAGAAACUAAGCCUGACACUGCGUCAGACACCACAUCAGAAACUAAGCCUGACAGUGCAUCAGACACCGCGUCAGAAACUAAGCCUGAUACUGCGUCAGACACUGUGCCACAGCUCGCGCCAGACCUCGCGCACGCAAGCGUGUUCAGCCGAAACCAAGAGAACAAUACCACUAAAUACCCGGAUAUAAUCCGUCGUCUGCCGUCGCUGCUGGGCCCCGACGUGCACAGCUGCGUGCUGGACUGCGAGGCCGUCGCGUACGACGUCGUCAACAAACAGAUAUUGCCAUUCCAGAUCCUGUCGACGCGCAAGCGCAAAGACGCGUCCGAGGCGGAGAUCAAGGUGCAGGUGUGCGUGUUCGUGUUCGACCUGCUGUUCCUCAACGGCCGCGCGCUCGUCCGCGAGCCGCUGCACUCGCGGCGACAGCUGCUCCGCACACACUUCCACGAGGUCGAGGGCGAGUGGCAGUUCGCGACGUCAAAGGACUGUACCAGUAUGGAGGAGGUGCAGCAGUUCCUGGAGGAGGCGGUGCACGGCUCGUGCGAGGGACUCAUGGUUAAGUCGCUGAAAGGGCCCACCGCUUACUACGACAUCGCCAGAAGGUCCAAGAACUGGCUCAAGCUGAAGAAGGACUACCUGGAGGGCGUGGGCGACACGAUCGACGCGGUGGUGCUGGGCGCGUACCACGGCCGCGGCAAGAGAGCCGGCGUGUACGGCGGCUUCCUGCUCGCCUGCUACGACCCCGCCGCCGACGAGUACCAGGCGCUCUGCAAGAUCGGCACCGGCUUCAGCGACCAGCAGCUCGCAGAGCUGGCGGAGAAACUAAAGCCGCAUCUCAUCGACGCGCCCCGAUCGUAUUAUAGGUUCGACCGCUCGCACGCGGCGGAGGCGUGGGCGGAGGCGCGCGUGGUGCUGGAGGUGCGCUGCGCGGACCUGUCGCUGUCGCCGGCGCACGCGGCGGCGCGCGGGCUCGUGGACGCGCACAAGGGCGUGUCGCUGCGCUUCCCCAGACUGGUGCGCAUCCGCGACGACAAGACCGGCGAGCAGGCGACCACGGCGCAGCAGAUCGCCGACAUGUACCUUGCGCAGGACCAGGUCAAGAACCAGCCCAAGCAGGCCGUGGACCUCGACGACUUCUACUAAACAUACUUGUACGAACUGGAGGUAGUCUCUAUAGUAACACUGAGGUAUUUUGUGUCGCUGGCCAUGAGAGACUAACCACCGUUUUCAGAAAGCGACUAAUAUUUUUAGGUCUACCGCGACAGUGGGCCAAACAGAACAAAGUUUAUUAGAGAUGCUUUUAAAUGACUUAUGUCGAUUGGUUUACCCUCGGGAUACCCAGAUUACAACUAUUAUUGUUUAUUAAAUAUGGCAGUAAAUUAUUAAGGCUUGUUUCUUUUAGGGCUUUAAUGUGGGCAGCAUAAAUAGCUUUUUGUCGGUUCCUGUAUCAGAAGAGGCUAAGGCUAAAAAAAAUAUUUUGAUUUCAUGGAAAUUUAGUAGGCACGGAUAGAAGUGGACGUACGGAGCGACAUAUUCGCGAAAUAACGACCAAGCUCCUUAGAUUUAAAAAAAAUAAAUAUAUAUAUUAGUUUUAUAAUGUUAAAUAUUAUCCAAAAGUUAACUAUGGACAGCUCAUGCAAAUCAUUUGGUGUUUUUUGCGAGCCUUGUAUUAGAUAUCAUUUACUCAGGCGUCAUGUAAUAACAUUAGUACAAUGAGAAUUGAAUCUAUACAUAUUCUCAGUUAAUUACUCGCCACACCAUUGAUACCGUCUUAUACAAUGUAACUUGUGGGCCCAUUGAUAUAUAAAUACAAUUGUCAAUUGAAACACUAUGCAAAAUGAAAAGACGAGCAUAACAUCACCAUGCCUUGAACGUAUAUGCGAUAUGUUAUAUUGUUUUACAUCAUGCAAUAUGUAAGUCUUGCCAUUAUUAAAAGAUAUCAUGGAAACAUUAUUUAAAAAAAAUAAUUAAUGAGGCACAAGAUUUCAAGCGUGUACUGAGACCAAGGUGGCUGAGAAUCUUUAUAAUAGUUAAUCUGUAAUUCACUGAGUACCGCUCGUCGCCCUGAGGCGGAGUCUCAGGGUCUGUUCAAAUUGCUGUGCAGUAUUCCAUUAUGGUAAAGACGAGUUUUAGCGGCCAAAUAUUGUUAAUAACAUCUUAUAAUAAGCCGGCGAUAAAAAAGGAAAUAAAAAACAGUUUAAAUCAAAACGCCAAAAGCGUCGUGUCAAGGUCGCGCCGCCAACUCGUUUUGUGUCCGCCACCACUGUCUCGAGUCUUCAAUCUGUAUAUUAAUAUUGAACACGAUAUAAUAUGAAUGAAAUAAAAAUUCAAUUAAUUUA